GACUGAUGGGGAGUAACGGAACGCCGGCCCUGUUGUGCGUCGGGUUUCUAGGAAAAUGAAACAUGACGCGUUUCGGGCGAAAAACCCUCCUCAAGGUCACACACACACGCACCAACACACGCGCUCUCGGCCGAUCGUUAGCGGGCUGCCAAGAUCACGCCACGUUUCCUGCUGGUCGGACACAUCCCGUCGCCCUUCAACGGCGCUCGGGAGGUGGCACGGGCGCGUACCUAUAUAACACCGGGGACACGGCCCGAAAAGCCAACCACUCCCAGAGGCGAGCCGCGACCGGACAGAUCCACGACCUCCGGAGAGAAUCAGCAGAAGAAGAAGCGAGAUGAGGCUGUACGUGUUAGCGCUGCUCGCGGGUCUGGCGACCCUGGCGCACGCGGCGGGCCAGCAGAAGUACACCACGCAGUUCGACGGCGUCGACCUCGACUCGAUCCUCAACAACGACCGCCUGCGGAAGAGCUACCUGGACUGCCUGCUCAAGGACGGGGCCUCCUGCUCGCCCGACGCGAAGACGCUCAAAGAGUCCAUCCCCGACGCGCUGGUCAACGACUGCGCCAAGUGCAGCCCGCGCCAGAAGGAGGGCACCGGCACGGUCAUCAACUUCGUGCGCACCAAUAAGCCCGACGAGUGGAAGCUGCUGACGGCCAAGUACGACCCCAACGGCGUCUACAUGAGACGCUACGGCCACCGUCUUCACCGGUAGACCUUCCACCCGCCCGGUGCCUUGGCCCCCACCUUCAGUCUACCACUUCAAGUAGUGUCAUAGCUCCACCUCCAGUGUACCACUUCAAGUAGUGUCAUAGCUCCACCUACAGUGUACCACUUCAAGUAGUGCCAUGGCUCCACCUCCAGUGUACCACUUCAAGUAGUGUCAUAGCUCCACCUACAGUGUACCACUUCAAGUAGUGCCAUGGCUCCACCUUCAGUGUACCACAUCAAGUAGUGUCAUAGCUCCACCUCCAGUGUACCACUUCAAGUAGAGCCAUGGCUCCACCUUCAGUGUACCACAUCAAGUAGUGUCAUAGCUCCACCUUCAGUGUACCACUUCAAGUAGUGUCAUGGCUCCACCUUCAGUGUACCACAUCAAGUAGUGUCAUAGCUCCACCUCCAGUGUGCCACUUCAAGUAGUGCCAUGGCUCCACCUUCAGUGUACCACAUCAAGUAGUGCCAUAGCUCCACCUUCAGUCUACCACUUCAAGUAGUGUCAUAGCUCCACCUUCAGUGUACCACUUCAAAUAAACUUCUUACAAAAACUCCUGCUUUUCAUUUCAUACCUCAAUGUUCCGCAAAAAAAAAUAUCUGUGCGCAGUAAUAACAUUUCUGUGCUUUUACAAAAUAUUCAAUUAAUAUAUUUUUUUUAAACCAUGGAAAGGACAAUCUAAUAUUCAAUAAUUGAACUUUAUUUUGUUUCAUUAUGCUUAUUAAUGUUCGUAAUUAAUACUGGGAAAUCUAUUCAGGGAACGAUUUUACAAAUAAAAUUUUUAAUACUGAAGGUACUGGGUCAACACAAAAACGUUAAUUCGUGGUGUAAGAAUCUGAACCCAGUAUUGUUUGCGACCACUGUUUUGAAGUGAAACAGUUGUUUUUCAUGUAAAUUUACAACUUUUACAUGAAUAUUUAUGUUCUGUGUACAAAAAAAUUUGCAGUGUGCAAAAAUUUGUGAUUUCAAUAAAGAAUGUAUUUUUAAUGGUGGCUAUCUUAGCUAUCUUACUCUUGAGUGUUCGGCGAAACCACACAAACAGAAAAAUUUGCUGCAUUUCAGGUUUGGCCCAGCCAGGCAACCAAGAAUAGCAACAAUUUUUCCGUUACUUGAAAAUUUGAUCCUGUUAAUAUGUAAAAAAAAAAAACUUAAACUGACUCAAUCACUCAUUAUUGUUAUUGAGAAUUAACGAAACAUCUCAAUAAACCAAUUUUCAUGACGAUCGG